AUGGUCAUUGACCAGGUCAUGGCACAGCCGGAUGGCCAUCUCCCCAGUUUCGACUCUGCGGAGGUAGUGCGCGGUUACAGGGUGGUCAAAUGUGAGGACCAACUCUCAAAGGUUUUCCUAGAGAAGAGCUUGGCGAACAUCAGUGAUGCUUGGGAGGGUUUGAGGCUCAAGCUCAUCCCUGCCAGUGAAAUCCCCAGGAGGCCGAGAGCUCGCAUUUGGCUCCCACGUGUAGAGAUGGAUAGCGCGGCGCUGCUAAAAUAUCUGCGUACACACAACCGUGAAAUCCCGAUGGACGACUGGGUGAUCCUCAAGGCUGAGGAGUCACAAACAACCAGCUUGUCCUUCUUACUCCUCAUUGGUGAGGAAAGUAUCGAGCCUUUGGAAAUGCCGACUGUCUCCUUCGCUUUGGUAUCCGGCGAGCCAAAGUAA